UAGUAGCUAGAGCGACUCUGGAGGAGGUGGCAGGAAAGGCUCGGAACAGCUGCCGGAGGUGACGGAGCCGCGGUCCCCGCCCGGUGGCUGUAAGACGAAGCUUCCAGCUCCAGACAUCCUGAGCCCAGCUGCCCCCAGCUCAGUGAAGCCAUGAGUGGGGAGGUGAAGGUGACAGGGCAGAACCAGGAGCAAUUUCUGCUUCUGGCCAAGUCAGCCAAGGGGGCAGCAUUGGCCACACUCAUCCACCAGGUGUUGGAGGCCCCUGGUGUCUACGUGUUUGGGGAACUGCUGGAUAUGCCCAAUGUUAGAGAGCUGGCUGAGAGUGACUUUGCUUCCACAUUUCGGCUGCUCACGGUGUUUGCUUAUGGGACAUAUGCUGACUACCUAGCUGAAGCCCGGAAUCUUCCCCCACUCACAGAGGCCCAGAAGAAUAAGCUUCGACACCUAUCAGUUGUCACCCUGGCUGCCAAAGUCAAGUGUAUCCCAUAUGCAGUGUUGCUGGAGGCCCUUGCCCUGCAUAACGUGCGGCAGCUGGAAGACCUGGUGAUCGAGGCUGUGUAUGCCGAUGUGCUUCGUGGCUCCCUGGACCAGCGCAAUCAACAACUGGAGGUUGACUACAGCAUUGGGCGGGACAUCCAGCGCCAAGAUCUAAGUGCCAUUGCUCGAACCCUGCAGGAGUGGUGUGUGGGCUGUGAGGUUGUGCUGUCAGGCAUCGAGGAGCAAGUGAGCCGGGCCAACCAGCACAAGGAGCAGCAGCUGGGCCUAAAGCAGCAGAUUGAGAGUGAGGUUGCCAACCUUAAGAAAACCAUUAAAGUUACAACAGCAGCAGCAGCCGCAGCCACAUCUCAGGACCCUGAACAACACCUGACUGAGCUGAGGGAACCAGUUCCUGGCACCAACCAGCGCCAGCCCAGCAAGAAAGGCUCGAAGGGCAAGGGGCUCCGAGGGAGCGCCAAGAUUUGGUCCAAGUCGAACUGAAGGGGGACUACCAUUUCUUUCCUGGGGAUGUGGGGUCCUGGCUGCCUGCCUGCCCCUUAGGAGUCCUCAGAGAGCCUUCCUGUGCCCCUGGCCAGCUGAUUAUCCUAAAUUCAGCAUUCACUUCCCUUCUUCUCGCCCCCACUCCCAAGCAUAGAUCACACCUCUCUAGGGAGGAGGAACAAGGCAAGUAUGUUCAUUCUCAUCACCCCUAUUCAACAUCAUCUUGGAAGCCAUAGCCAAUGAAAUAAGACAAGAAAAAUAAAUAAAUAAAAGGUAUACAGAU